AUGAAACCGCCGCCUUCAGAACUACUGUACAAGUGGGCAUUCCAAGCUACAGAGGCUCUGGAAUUUGCCCACGGUCUGGGAGUACUGCAUUCAGAUAUCCACUGUUUGAAUUUCUUCUUGACCAGGGAUCUGGACCUGAAAGUUGGGGAUUGGGCUGGUGCUUCAGUGGACGGGGAGAAAUCUUACUGCUCGUAUAGGUAUAGUCACAGGCUCUUCGGAGCCGAUGGGACUGAUAUCGUAGCAGAAAGCGGUAUUUCGGUGGACACGGAGAUAUUCGCACUGGGGACGGCGUUGUAUGUCAUGAUUGCUGGAGAAGAACCAUGGCCUGAGUUGGAGGAACCUGACGAUAGGGAGGAGAUUAAGAAGAGGAUUGCUGGGAAGAUGUUUCCACCAACGGCCAGAUUGCGAGUUCUGAGUGAUGUCGUGGAUAAAUGUUGGAAUGGGGGGUUCGCAUCCAUGCAGGAGGUCAGGUGUGCUGUCCAGGAUGAGUGGCAUACAUCAACGUCGAAUUGCGAUAGGUGA